CAGCAAAAUAGGGAACUUUUGAGCAUAAAAGUCGCUCCUUUUGGAAAGAAAAGACAGUCGGUGGAAAGCUGCAGCAGAGACGCUUCUGACCUUGAGAUGGUGAGCACUUUCUCUCCCGUCUCGUGGGUUUGACCCCUGACCUGAGCCCAGCAUUCGUGACCUGCUGUGACCCGAGACUAUGAGGACCCGACCCGGAGAGGAUGAGUCACUUCCCCCCACGAGGCCCCGAGGUCGUGCGACGGCGCAGCGAGAGGAGCAGGUCGUCAGGAGCGAGCGCGGCCGCCUUCUCCUGCGGCGCCGCGACCCUGCUCUGCGCCCUGGCCUGCUGCCUCGCGCCGCACCGAGCCAGCGCCGCCAUCACUAACUACAGAUCAUACUGCGGCGAGUCCGCCUACAGCCACCGGUACUACAUGCGGAUCGUGGGCGGCCGCCCCGUCGUGGCAGGCGAAUGGCCGUGGCAGGUCGCCCUCCAGCAGAAGGAUCCCUACAGCGGCAAGGGCCUCGGCCAGCACUGCGGAGGGACCCUCAUACAUCCUUCGUGGAUCCUCACGGCUGCACACUGCAUAGUAGACCCCGUGUUCAAGUUCGCGCUGCCGCCGCCCUUCUGGAGCGUCCGCGUCGGGGAGGUGAGUCUGUCGGCCGAAACCCAGCGCCUGUACCCCGUGUCGAAGAUCAUCACGCAUAAGUUCUUCGACUCGGAAACCUGGGACAACGACAUCGCUCUGGUGAAGCUCCGGAAGCCCCUGGACCUGGAGGAGCACGCCGGCCUCGUCAACACCAUCUGCCUGCCGGCGCGCAACAUGUCCUUCAUCGGCCUGCAGUGCUCGGUCACCGGCUGGGGCAGGACCAAGGAGCAUGGCAGCAACUCCGACCUCCUGCAGACCAUCCGGGUGCCAGUCAUGACGAACAAGAAGUGCCAGCGCGCCUACAGGAAGGUCAACCCGGUCAGCAACGGCAUGAUCUGCGCCGGCUGGGACGAGGGCGGGAUGGGGCCCUGCGUGGGCGACAGCGGCGGCCCCUUGCAGUGCCGCGAGCGCGGAGGGCCCUGGAUUCAGGCCGGCAUCACCUCCUGGGGCGUGGGGUGCGCCGCCCCCUCUUACCCAGGGGUGUACAUCAGGGUGUCAGAGUACCUCGACUGGAUCUAUAAGCAUCUCGAGAAGACUUAGAGCGGAGCCACAGAUAGUUUUAAAACCUGCAAUCAACGUUAUUUUUGCUAUUUGUUGUUAUCAUCAUCUCCCUCACCAGUUUAUUUAUUUGAUUUUAAUUUAUUAUCAUUAUUGUGUAAAUACAAAACCUAAAUUAAUGAAUUAGUUAACCCAAAGUUUUCUUUGCGAAAAGAAAUGCGCAGUGCACACCAAUAUUAGAAUUGCCUUCCGUUCAUUCCAUAGAGGAUUACAACGACCUUGGUAACUGUUCAUAGGAAGGUAAAUGUGUGUUGCUCAUUUCAGUGAAGUGACCGAGACUGACUGAAAUACGGACAUUGAUGUUGAAAUUGUAACAAGAAAAGUAUGAAAACCGUUUAGCUAUUUUUAUUCACUGAUGAAUUUCCAGUCAAAGAAACGACUGUGUCCCUGAGUAUAAGAAGGAAUUUAAGUGGGGAAAAUGUGACAAGUGACAUAUGGCUUGAAAAAGUAGACUAAAAUACGCAUUUAUGAAAAUCAGUGAACUAGGACAAGGUGCAGCAUCAUUAUAUUUAAGAGAAUGCAUGAUGGUGAAAAGGAAAUUGUGAUAAAAUGGAAAAGAAAAUGCCGGUGAAAUAGCUCGUUCAAAAUAUUGCUAAGUUAUGUGUACAUAUUUGUAAUCGUAUAGUAGUAAAAAAAUGCCUUAGAGUAUGUGGAAAUUUCAUAGAUUCUUUUGUAAGUACGAAAAAUUAUCUAU